CUGACAAUGGCCAAGUCAUCAGUCACUGGCGAACCGUCUUGGUUUUUUAAUCCCAUUUUUAUUCCAAAAACCCAAUUAAACAGAAUUCUGGAAUUUGGAGAACGGCAGUGAUAGUAAUGUCUUAUACUUCGUGAGAGCAUUUUCGAUAUUUAUGUAGCAAAAAUUCAUAAACAGGGUUAUUGUAUUUUUUAUUUUGGAUAGUGAAAACAUAUUGAAGACAUGGAAAACCUCUUCAGCAUGUGGAAAGUGCGAGAACUCGCAGAUAAAGUUACAAAUGUUGUAAUGAACUACACAGAGAUUGAGGCAAAGGUACGAGAAGCUACCAACGACGAACCUUGGGGCCCCACUGGUCAAAUCAUGCAGGACCUUGCUCAUUCCACAUUCACUUACGAACACUUUCCCGAGGUAAUGUCUAUGCUGUGGAAACGAAUGUUACAGGACAAUAAACAGCAUUGGAGGCGAACAUACAAGUCUCUGCUUGUCCUUCAUUACCUGAUUAAAAACGGAUCCGAGAGAGUGGUGACAUCUGCCAGGGAACAUAUCUACGACUUGAGGUCUUUAGAAAAUUACACUUACAUUGACGACGUAGGCAAGGAUCAGGGUGUAAAUAUAAGGCAUAAAGUGAAAGAAAUGAUCGACUUCAUCCAAGAUGAUGACAGAUUACGAGAAGAAAGGAAAAAAGCCAAAAAGAAUAAGGACAAGUUCAUUGGGAUGAGUUCUGACAUGAUGAGUAUGAGAUUUGGUAGUAGCCGAGAUGCAUCUUGGGAGGACCGCAGCUAUAGUGGCGGAGGCAGAGACGCUGAAUGGGAGGACGGGGGUGCCAAUCGUUACCGGGACCACCGAACAGGAGCAGGUUCAUAUGACGACGACUGUGAACCAGAGCAAGAUGAUAGCGAUGAUGGAGAAGCAACAAGCAAUAAAAACAACAAAAGAUUUCAAAAUACAACGUCUCCUACACACUCUGGGGUGGAUAAGAGCUCUACUAGUCCUCCAGCGUUUGAAAAAAAGGUUAAUCUUAACCUCACCGCUAAUGCCGUUGUAUCAUCGCCAAGCAAAAAGCAGAACAAGGUGCUCAAAAAAGUCGACUUGGGAGCUGCCGCGCAUUUUGGUCGCAACGAUUCUCUACCGACUCAAACAGAUACGGUUCCAUACGAUGACUUAUUCAAUGCGAAAACUCCAAGAGAACUUCCCGAUGAGAUACUGGAGUUUGACCCGCGUGCGGAUUCCAGCACUAAUGCCGCCAAAGUCACAUCACAAUCAAAACAGGCCGUGGAAUUUGGUGAUUUUGAGUCCGUUUUCGGCCCCCCGUCGUCAACGAAGCAGCCGGCUAACGAUGAUGGCUUUGCGGACUUCAGUUCUGCAUUCACGAUGAACCAGCAACAAUCAACUGCCACGCAGCCUGUACAGAAUGUGCUUUCCGGGAAUCCUCGUGCAGUACCUACAAAUCCAAUACAUCCGGAAGAACCUUUCAUGAGCCAGAUGCCAACGCCAAAGCCCUUGAUUCCUCCGUUGGGCGCUGUACAAACGCCGGCAACUCCUGCACAAACAUCGGCUGCGGCUGACCUUCUGUCCGACCUCAACUUUUCCUCGCUACAAAUUCAACAAACCGCCCCUCAUAUACAGAACAAUAAUUUCGGAUUUGAUUUGCUCGAUGGCCUCAAUCCUGGUUCCCGCCUUGGUACGAUGCCCGGCGAAGUUAAUUUGUUACAACCGUCUUCCAUCACGAACAACAACGUAACGUCAAACCAGGAGAAAGGAGAGACGCAUAAAACUGCUCAACCAGUAGGCAGCACCUGGGGGAAUAUCAAUAUAGAUCUAGACAAUCUGCUGGUGAACAAACCAAAGAAAGGACCCUCACCUAGCAUGAAUCAACUAGCCACAAAUCCCAACACUUCCCCGGUUCGACAGCCAAUGGUUCCCAUCGCGCCUUUACAAAGUCAAAAUGACAGCCAACAGCAAUUCUUUGCAGCUUUCAAAUGAUGCGUCUACUAAAAUUUUAAUGAUUAUUUUCUUAGGCAUCAAUAUACGCGAAUGAUAUUUAAUAAGUGAUUGAUUAUUUCAUUUACUUUGGUCCGUGUAAUAAUGAAAUGAAAGUGAUUCGGGUUUAGAAGCAAAAUUACUAUAUCAGAUUUUUCUCAGUUCGGUAUUAACUGUAACAUGCACAUUACCACCAUAAUAUUACAUAUAGGUUUUAAAAUUCGCUCAUAUAAGGCCUGUGUGUACGUCUAGUAAGUGUGAAAGGGAAAACACGAUUUUUUUCCUGACACGUUCAUUUGCUAAAUUGGGAAUUUUUUGAAGAAUUUUCUCGAAUUGGAAAGAAUCUUAGUGGGAUAUGAAACGUAGCGUUUUAUAUAUGCAAUUCUCUGUACUUUUUUAUAAAAAAAAGUGUUUCAAAUAAAAAAAAAGCUUCAGAUGCUAAACACAUUUCAAGACGAAAUUUGUGGAAUUUUGCGUUUAUUUUCUUUUUACUCGGAAAUAUAGCCUAAAGAGUGUUUAAAUUGCAUCAAAAGUUUUGAAAUGUUAUGAGUAUGUUUCA